AUGGCCAAACAAACGACGGUGAUCCAAGCAGGAACCACCACAAUAGACAAAGCCCAAUACACAAUCCUCACCUGGAACGCUGUCGUUACGAUACUCAAACCUAUACCGCACCACCGUCCUUACUCGCUCAAACAAGAAGGAAAGGAAUCUAUAAAGGAACGCUUGUCGAGACCCAAACCUCUCCCCAACUUCCUCACCAAACCUUUCCUCUACACUGAUAUGUCUUCCUCCUCGCUCUUACCUCUUCUCAACGGCACCCACCACUUGUCCCCGCUCUCCCUCCCCGUGCCGGAACCCUUUUCACACCUCCCCAUGACCGACAUCCACAACGCCCUCCCUUACCCUUACGCCGACCCCUUCCCUGGAAAUCGGCUCCCUCCCAUUCCCGACUUCGAUGACGAAGGUCGACCCAUCUCUCGCCCUAACAGCCCGCCGUACAACCCCGAACAGGCAGCGCAAGAACGUGAGGCACAUCACUCAACGGAUGCAUCCUCGCCACGAACUGGAUCGCCGUCAGACUGGAUAAACCAUGUUCGCGCGGCGGAAAGAGCCGGGGCUGCAGCCCACUCACCUUCUCCUCCGCCUAGCGACUGGCAGAAUGGUGCUCGUGCUUCGGAACGAGUCUGGCCCCCACUCCUCGACCCCUCACCCUCUCCUCCCCCUCUCGUUUUGCCGCCACCAGCCACUGAUACUCGACUUUGCUGGGAGUGCGACCGCCCGGGACAUCUCAUCGCCAAUUGUCCCAUCACCCGCAUCCGCCGUCGCUCUGACAUCACGGCGCGUAACUUCAUACGCGACUACGAUGCGUACGGUGAGGUAGUCGAACUCCUCUCAACGCAGCUGGCCCAUGUGGCGGAGAACUAUGGGUAUUACUGGCACGUUCGGAACAGGAUGAUUGACGACGCCAACUGGGAAGGGCACCCGACACGUCAUGCCCCCGUCAUGGACCCCGACCACUUCAUGGCACUCCCCCUCCUCGAUCAUGAUAAUGUCACGAGUCAACGACGGGUGUAA